GCGACCACCAGCUGGUUCGGCGCUCUGCCCGCUCGGCUGCGUUUCAACCGACCGAACCCUCGGGCUUUGCUUGCGUCGUGACCUCACCACGCGUAUCGGUAACAUCGAACGGGCAAGGGCAACGACAGGGCAGUUUAGCUACCGCGUCGCAUUCUCUAGUACUGACUCAUAGCCGCCGCCUCGACACCACCACUGUACGCGCACACGACCAACCCAGUGCGGACACGGCUGGACCAUCCCCGACGCCUCACCACUUGAGCCCCUCCCCCCUUUACUGCCGCUGUGACCCCAGUAAUCGGGGUCUAUCAACCCUCGUCCCAGCAAACCAUGGCAAUCCCGGGCAAGCAGUCGUCUGGGCCCGAGCCGUCCGAGCCUUUAGACGUUAUCGAGACGCCAACAUCACCAUCCUCGAGCAUCGCCCGCUCGCGCUUCGAGUUUGAGGCCGAUAAGCGCAAUGAGGGCACCAAGAUCCUCAUGGUCGAAUGGGAUGAAUCAGGGCCGGGAAAUGGGGACGCUUCUGGGACAGGGAAAGGGAACGGCGACUGGGAGGUAUCAUGGGAAGGCAAGGGGGAGGUUCUUCCGGUCUGGGAUGCCGGCCCCGAAGCCGAGGGCAACAUACACCGCGUCUACUUUCUCCUUCCUCCCGGCUCUCCCGUCCCGGCGCUUAUCGACAUCACACGCCGGGGCGGGAGCCGCGGAGCCAACGACAACCCCUGCGACAUCCUGAGGACCAGACCGAUGCCCGCCAUCUUCCCCGCCGAGUUGACGAGUAAACAGGACGCCGGCCGGCGCGGCGUGCUCCACACGAUAUGGGCAAAGCGGCGCCUGGCCGAGCUGCAAGCCGAGAUCACGGCCGAGAUGAAGGCCAACGGCGAGAGCGUGGGGCUCGAGAUGGCCAUGCAAGAGCGGCAGUGGAUCGUCGACCACUUCGGGCUCGCGCCCGACCCGGGACUGCCCCAGCCGACAAGACUUCAUAUCCCGCAGAGCUCGGCCGGCCCGGCAAGCCCGAGGAGUCCGUUGGGCGGAAGGCUAGGGGAGAAGCUUAGGGGCUUGAAGCUUGCGACCAGCCCAGCAGAACUAGCCGCUGCUAGUCAAGCGGCGAAGAGCGCCGAGGCGCCACGAGUGCAGCCUCUGAUCACGUCAGUCGCUCCGUCGGCUACCAGCGUUUCAACAAUGCCAGGCUCAAGCGGCGGCGGCGUCGCUUCUCUAGAUGCUAUUGUAGGGAGCGGAACAGCACCAACCGCCGCCGCCGCCGCGGGCAAGGUUGGAGGAGGGGAUGACGCAACGGAGGAGGACUUAUUCGCCCUCCCCAUGAGUCCGCGCAGCCCGGAGAUGAAGCGGAGCCCGUUUAGUAUCCUAUAGAGGCGGAUAAUGUAUACCCGUGGUUACCAGGGGCUGCCACCGGCCGCUGGGACCCACCCACAUAUUCCUUAGAACAAAGGUGCCGCGCGAGUCGGCUACGAUGAAGAUAAUUUUGGGGUUUAGGGGGCGGCUUAGCUGAUGGAGAGCAUGAGAUGGGUGCGGUACCCUCUACGGGGGGAGGGGCCGAAAAACGUGGGUUGAUUCCUCGUCGAUAUACAACCGGUGGUCAUCAUAUCAUGUAAUCGGGAACCAUUGAGAUUCACACAGGUAUAAUCAUCCUCUGUACAGUGAAGCCAUGCCUCAGUUGUUGCCCCCGCCCACCGAACAUGAACAUCCUACCCACCCAGCAUAAACACUACCGCAUCACCCCCCCAAAACAGUCCAUCCAUCGCAGUCC